GGCAAUCAAAAAGGGCUACACAAGGAUAGGCUUUAUACUAGCGAUGCGGCACCCUUCCGAAAACGACGUGGUUGAUGAGAGAGUCUUGUUCUCUUGUUCACCACCGACAAGCAGUUGGACUCGACUGACUGACUGUUGGCCUGUCCGCAUCAAAGCUGCUUGUUGCUCCUGAUAAUUCUCCAGGCCCAAUAUCUUUGCACACUCGUUGCUGGUACAUUUCCACACCGUUUGCUAUAUCAAUUGCACUCUCACCCAAUAAUAUUAAUGUACUUUCUCUCCUGACACCACGAUCCUCUCUUCCAAAGCCCAAGAUGCGGUCAAAAUCUUUUCAAUCCGGGGCGCUUGUUGCCGCCGUCUUGGCAACAACCGUAACAGCAGACCCAACAUGGCCAAACCCCCAAAUCGAUGAUUUGGAGGAAAUCAUGUUUCAAACCACCGGGUUCAAAGCACGGCUGUUUACGGAUAACAUCAGGCAGUGCGCCAAUGAAGCCUCUGGCCCGGGAAGAAAAAACGCAGCAGAAUGGCUGAGGACAGCGUUCCACGAUAUGAGUACGCACAACAGGUACUUCGGCACCGGUGGCUUGGAUGGCUCGCUGCAGUACGAGCUCAACAGUGGUGAAAACACUGGACCUGGCCUGCGGACGACUCUUAGCUUCCUCGGCGGUUUCGUGUCCAGCCGGAGUUCGCUGUCGGAUCUGAUAGCCAUGGGUGCCCAUGCCUCAGUUCGCGCCUGUGGUGGCCCUGACAUACCUGUUAAGGUAGGCCGAGUCGAUGCAACAGGAGCUGGCGCCAUCGGAGUGCCGCAGGUCCAAAACGCAGUAUCUACAUUUCAGAACCAGUUCGACCGUAUGGGUUUCAACCAGGCCGAGAUGAUCCAGCUGGUCGCUUGUGGACACACCUUGGGAGGAGUCCAUUCAGUUGAUUUCCCUGAUCUUAUUACACCCGGAUCCGAUGGCCCAAAUGGGGUUGUGGGCAUGGAUUCGACACAGGCCAGCUUCGACAACAAGGUGAUCACCGAGUAUCUGGAUGGCACGACACAGAAUCCUCUCGUCGUCGGGCCUUCGGUCCAGCUUAGGAAAAAUUCUGAUGGUAGAAUCUUCGCGGCGGACGGGAACACAACCGUCAACGCAAUGAGGGAUCCGGCCGUGUAUCAAUCAACGUGCAGAAGUAUCCUUCAACGGAUGAUAGACACUGUACCAUCAGGGGUCACUCUCUCGGGAGAGCCGAUUGCCCCGUACACCGUUAAGCCAGUCGACAUGCAACUCACGCUAGGGUCACAAGGGUCUACGCUGCAAUGGAGUGGUUAUAUACGCAUAAGGACAACGACCAUUCCUCUGGAUACGAUCCGUAACGUGGUCGUCACUUACAAGGACCGGCACGGAGGAAGCGAAUGUGGGUCUUGCGCUGUCACCUCGACGGUGCAAGGAACUGGCGCAGGACUUGAAGACAGCUGGGCUUUCUUCCCGAUAUCUGCUUCCUUGAGCGCUAGUUCAGGUAUCUCGUCCUUCACCGUCACGAUAAACACGGUCGACGGGACAUCAACAGUUUUCGAUAACAACGGCGCUCAUUACCCAAUGUCGGAUGCUGUAUUGUUGCAAAAGCCCCAGAGCUGUCUCCUUCAAGGAUCAGGUGCUCUCACUGUAUCGGCUGUUGUCCGUAAUGACCUUGCAACACUGCCAGUAAACCUGGGAGUCACAUAUCAAACGGCGCAAUCCAACAGCCCAGUUCCAGCCUUGACCCGAGAGUCGAUCCCGAUGGCCAAGGGAAACUGCGUAGGUGCCUACACAUUCUACUCAGCAACAUACUCAAUCCCAGGCGGGAGAAGUUUCGCGGCCAGGUUAGACAUUGUCAGCGGCACGGGUGAGACGGCAGUCAGUGAUGCCUUUAACCUGGCCGCCGACUUGGCUGGGACAUGCCAGCCAUUCGCAGGCAGCCAGGCAUGCGCGGACGUCACUGUCACCACAGCUAUCCCGAGCUCGACGAGCCCUCCUACCUCUACUAGUGCCAGCACGAGUGCCAGCACGAGUGCCAUUACUACUCCCCCAACGGUAACACCCACACCAACGGGAGUGCCCGAGCACAUCCAGACUGUGGGCGACUACGAGCUGGUUUCUUGCUGGACUGAGGGUGUGGGCGUCCGCGCCUUGACAGGGGCCACCUUUGCCUAUGAUGGGAUGACGUUGGAAACCUGCAUGGGCAACUGCACCGGAUUUGCAUACUUUGGGACAGAAUAUGGGAGAGAAUGUUAUUGCGGGAAUUCCUUACAUCCGUCGAGCGGCCCUGCGGCCCUGGCAGACUGCAGCAUGCCGUGCUCGGGCAAUCCCUUGCAAUAUUGUGGCGCAGGCGACAGAAUUGAGCUGUACAGAAAUCCCGCCAUACCAACGACGACUGUUACUCUACCUCCAACCCCCACAGCCACAUCCACUCCCUCACACCAGGCCACAGUCACCGCGGCGAAUGGUGGAGUUUGGAGCUUCCAAGAUUGCCGGACCGAAGCGACCGAGGGCCGGGCUCUGACGGGAAAUGCGUAUUUUGACGACGCCAUGACACUCGAGGCUUGCGCGUCGGCAUGUACCGGGUUUACCUACUUUGGAGUCGAAUACGGGCGAGAGUGCUACUGCGGAGAUAGCUUUGGUGAGGGUUCGGUCGAGGCAGCGGAGACGGACUGCAGCUUUCCCUGCCCCGGCGACGGGACACAGCUCUGCGGCGCCGGUGUGCGAUUGAGCACCUACCGUCGGGUAGAUGGCUGAAAAAAGCCGGUUGGUACAACAGGACAAGGAUUUCCUCCGUCCCAGGUUGGUCAUGAGCCAAGCAGGAAAUUGUUGGGACUGUGUAUGGUUUUCGAUGACCUCAGUGAAAAAAAAUUACCAACUUUAUAUUUCGUACAAACACUGUCAGCCCAGCUUUGCUUGGCCGUUGGUUUCAAAGUCGUUCCUUUCCUCCCCCCCCUUGUUUGGUCGUGGCCCUGUGCCAACGCACGACACGAAAAGUGUUUGGCCGAAGAUUUUAUUGUCAUGACAUGUUUUCAAAGGCCAGACGAGUUGGACGGGGAUUGGACGAGAACAGGACAAACUGCGGGUUCGUCGGACGCGCCAGUUGACUCUUUCGCGAUCGGAGGAUUUCUGCAAGCCGGGGUAGACCUUACCCGCUGACUGGCAAAACAAGGUUAUCCCGUCCCGAAGAGUAGCCGUUGGGUAGGUCAUGCUAAAAAGCUACCCAGUUGGUGGGUUUGAUACCGGAUCGGACAGCAAAAGUGUGAGCCGUUGGGCGUCCGAAACUUGAUAUACAUGGGGGAGAAUGAUAUUCCAUAACCGGUUUCCUAUUAACAGUAAUUCGGGGUCAAGUCUUGUUUGUUUCCCUCCGGGUUCUGCAGCCGAAAGAAGAAGAAAAAAUUCCGUCACAGGACAUGUACCUAAAGUUUUGAAUAUGGACCUUCAUGUGCUUUUUUUGACGCGCUUAUCCAGUCAUGCUUAACCCGAUACGAUACUUUUCGCACCAUACAAUCAAAAGGGGCAAUUACGCCGCUAUCACGUGGUAGGAAGUAUCCGACCCAAAGUUAAUUAUGUGUGUAUGACUUCCUUUUUGCUUUUUCUUUGCUUUGUCACCACAAGUAUAUUUAACGAUGACAAGGGUUUGUAAAGAUCAGGUGCGAAAGAUGAAUGACGAAAAAGUCCGAUUUCAUCCUGUUCCAUAAUGUGCCAAAAAAAGCCCCCAAUCCACGCACAUGGGAACCACAAUAACCAAACAUUGGAUCUGUUCGAUGUCCUCUUCUUUUU